GAUUGAUCUCAGAUGCCGCAACUUUCUACCCGUACCGCGCCUACCUGGAAUCACUGUUGUCCCACACACUGGACGCUCAACAAAGCCAACUGACAUCCGCCGCUUUCUACUACGACAGUCCAGGUUCCUUCAACAGUGAAACAACCAACAACGGUGAAAAAAAUCGAGCGGCACUAUUUAAUGCGGGGCAAUACGUGCAGCUUUCCGGCAAAUUGUUUUCGGACUUGUUUGACCAAAGCAAACCCCUGUGCACCGGAGUUCCCGUUAAUAUUCGCCUGGUGGUGAGCCGACCGGAGUUUGCCCUACGUGUAUGGGAUACGGACACCACCAAGACUUUCAAACCAUUUAUCCGUAACGCGCGUUUGUCGGUACGUCGUUACAUUCCAUCACCGGACUUUCUGACCGCCGUAGCCGGAGAACUCCUGAAAAAAACGGUCAAGUACCAUAUCGAACGCGUAGUGAUGCGCGUGUCGGACAUUCCCCAACGGACUCAAAGCACCGUAAUCAGCAAUUUGCAGAUUGGCCAAAUUCCCAAGGUGGUAUUUAUUGGUUUUGUGGACAGCGAAGACUUUCACGGCUCGCAAAAGAAAAACCCCUUUUACUUCCAACACUUCAACAUUACACAAAUCAGCGUCGAAGUGGACGGACAGAGCUACCCGACAAAACCGUACACGGCUGAUUUUGCCCGUAACCUGUCUCUGGAGUGCUACGACGGGCUGCUGGACACUCUAGGACACCGCCCUAGCUUGCAUGGCGGCUUACCUUUCAACCGAACCCAAUACAACGACGGAUACACCAUUUUCGGAUUCGACCUGACUCCAGGACAUACCGGUCGUGGACCACUGACACUGAUUAAGCAGGGAAACCUUAGUGUCUCGGUGUCGUUCGGGAAACCACUGAAAAGCACCAUUAUGAUGACUUUACAACAUGAAUACACAGGAAAUUACCUCGGCCCUCCAUGGAAAUCCUCAGACCACAGCGGUAUUUCGUGGGGUCUACGCCAGCGAUCAAGUUCCAACGACAUUGGCACCUUUUCCGGGAGCGUGUGUAGUGAAUACCGACCCAGCGGACCAAGAAGGCGAACACUGGAUUGCGCUGUACCAGGAACAAACCGGUAAAAUGGAAAUGUUUGAUUCGUACGGGAAAGCUUUGGAAAGCUACUCUCGAUAUUUUGCGCCACUGGCGGCCGCCAAUGAAAUAACCUUACAAAAUGAACAGUUUCAGUCUGAGUUUAGCACUGUCUGUGGACAAUACUGCUUGUUUUUUAUUUUGCGACGCUGUAGUGGUGAAUCUUAUACUAAUAUUGUGCAUUUGUUUACGGAUAGCCGGCUAA